GGACAAAACAGAGAGCCCAGAAAACGAAAGAUCUCUUAAAACCUCCUAUUGCCUCUGUCUCCAGCCUCCAGGUAACCCUGAGAAAAUUUCAUCUGUCAUCAGCUCUCCUCUCUGCUUUCCCCCUUAUCACUAUACUCAUCUAGAACACUGGAAAAAAAACAGGAGCAACAAAGAAGCCCACUAGUUUUGUGUAGAAAUGUUGCUAAGAGACUCCAUUGAGAAAACCAAAAACUUCUUCAACAAGGCCCUCGUGAAUCUCAAGUCUUUCAUCUUUGGAGGCUACCAAAAGCUUCCCAAACCACCCUCUUUCCACCCAUUUUCAUGUGGUAGCAGCAGACAGGAUGACCCCCAGAUAGAAAAGUUCUAUGCUGAUUUCUGCAAUGAGUGGGAGUGUGAUCUUGACAAGGGCAGGAGCAGAACUCAGAAGGAUGCCAAAGAGCAGGUGAAGGACGGUGAAGAUCCAUGCAGUGACACAGCUAUGAAGCAUGUGAACCACCAGAGUCCUGUCAAGAAUAAGCAACAAGAAGUGGAAGGGGAGAGAGGGAAGACAGAGAAGAAGAAGAAGAAGAAAGUGGGUAGUUCCAAGUCUGUGAAAAUAGAGGAGACAGAUGGAGUGAAUGCAGGAGGGUUAGUGUUGGCAAAGAGAAUGAAAGAGUUGGAGAUGAUGGACAUGAGCGACAUGGAUCAUGUGCUGGACAUAGAGGAGGCACUGCACUAUUACUCGCGCCUCAAGAGCCCUGUCUAUGUGGAGAUAGUUGACAAGUUCUUCAUGGACAUGUACUCUGAUUUCUCUCCCACUCCACAGCAGCACCCUCUCAGCACAACCACCAAAUCCAAAAAGAGACUUAGGUCUGUCAGGUUUUAGAUUGGUUCGUUAUAUCAUGAUUGGCCCUUUUCUUUCUUGUGCAUGGGAUUUUGAUUUAGCCUUCUCUUUUCUUUCUGGGUUUUAUCUUGUCAUUUGGAUGUGCGAUUUGCGCGACCCAGGCAAUUUGGAUUGUCUUCUGGCACUUUUAGAUCUUUACUCAUUCCAAAUCAUAUUGCUUCUGUCUGUCAUCUACACUAGAAAAAGAAGUUUCUCCCUUGUGGCCUA